GGUGGUGGAGGAGGAGGAGGUUCUCUAGAAGAUGCUAUUCCUGGUGUACCCGGUGCUGACUACCCAGUUUAUGCUCAAGUUCCAGAUACUGGUUUCUCUUGUGACGGAAGGUUAGAAGGUGGAAAGUAUGGUGACCCUGCUGCCGAGUGUCAAGUCUUCCAUAUAUGUGCUGCUGCAGAUACAGAGGGGGGGAAACUAACCUACAGUUUCCUCUGCCCUAAUGGAACUAUUUUCAACCAGCAAUACUUUAUUUGUGACUGGUGGUUUAACUAUGAUUGCUCCCUGACAGAGGGUCUCUAUUCCAGGAACGACGAGGUUGCUGCGGAGGCUGCCAGCUAUUCUCCUGGAGAUCAAGGUGGUCAGGGAGGUCAGGGAGGUCAGGGAGGGGGACAAGGAGGUAGCAGAGGUGGUAACCGUGGCGGCUCAGGAGGAAGGCCUUCAGGAGGCGGUUCAGCUCCUUCUGGAUACGGAGCCCCUGGACGAUAGAUCAGUU